UACACGGAAUGCAUACCUUUAUGAAAACGAACACAAGGCUAGCCGUUUCCCUGAUAGUCGCACAGUUUCACAGAGCAGUUCUGAUCGUGUCAUAGACCCAGCACGGAAACGUUAUUCUUGUUUCCCGGACUUCACCAAGAUACCUGGGUAUAACCGGUGCGUGAAGGCGCUGUUGGCUCUACUCGCCCCUCAGCCACUUCCCAGUUUUCUCGGCGUUCCUCUAUCAAGAUACGUCUUGCGAGUUUCAUCAGCUUCACAGGUCGGGAAGUUCUCCCCGUGUGCUCCAUCACAAGCCCCUGGGAUAACUUUCAGCCACGUCCUCGAUAUCACCUCUCCAUUUCCGUUGCGUAAUUCUCACUGAUUGGCAUUUGAAGCUUGAUUUGCAUUGGUUUAUGCAGGUUCCACUGUUGGAACUGUGAGUGAGUGGAACGCGCCCAAAUGAGGAAUAAGGGGCUACAGCUGGAGAAGUCCGAGGUGAUUCGGCUCACCUCGGACGAGAUCAACCACAAGAAACUGCGGAGCCGUAAACUCCACAACUACACCAUCCUGCAUUACUCGCCCUUCAAGGCCGUCUGGGACUGGUUCGUGCUGCUCCUGGUCGUGUACACCGCCAUCUUCACGCCUUACGCCGCCGCCUUCCUCCUCAACGACGACGAGCGGCGGGCCAAGCUCAACAAGGAGGCCGAGACGCGGGCCGGAGAAGGGCUGUCUUCCAGCUACACCGAGCCGCUGGUCAUUCUGGACCUGAUCGUGGACAUCAUGUUCAUCGUGGACAUCUUCAUCAACUUCCGCACCACCUUCAUCGACGACGUGAAGGGGGAGGUGGUGUCAGACCCGGCCAAGAUCGCUAAGCACUACCUAAAGGGCUGGUUUGUUAUCGACGUGCUGGCGGCCAUCCCGUUCGAUCUGAUCCUUUUCGGCUUGGCUAACGAUGAGAAAACUACCACAACCAUGGGUCUGCUCAAGUCGGCCCGCCUGCUCCGGCUGCUACGCGUGGCCCGCCGCCUGGACCAGUACUCACAGUACGCACCUGCCGUCAUCUUCCUGCUGAUGUGCGCCUUCACGCUGGUGGCUCACUGGAUGGCCUGCUGCUGGUACUCCAUUGGGGAGGGGGAACGGGACUUGGACUACGGCUGGCUCAACCAGCUGUCCAGGGACAUCAACGAGACAUAUAGGGAAGACGACACGGGAGGUCCGUCUGCACAGUCCAAAUACGUGACGUCAUUGUAUUUCACGCUGACGAUCCUGACCACGGUGGGCUUUGGCAACGUGGCACCCACCACAGACGUGGAGAAGCUGUUCGCCAUAUGCAUGAUGCUGGUUGGCUCCCUCAUGUUCGCCUGCAUCUUCGGUAACAUGACGGCUAUCAUCGAGCGGCUGUACGAGGGUAUGGCCCGCUACCACCAGCAGCUCACUUUGGUCAAGGAGUUUGUCAAGUUCCACAAUGUGCCUCACCCGCUGCGGCGACGCCUGCAGGAGUACUUCAAGCACGCUUGGGUCUACUCAAACGGGAACGACUUGCAGGAAGUCGACGAGGUCAUGAAAGAUUUCCCCGACUUCCUGCAAGCCGACAUCUCCCUCCACCUCAACCGCAACCUCCUGAACGGCUCGCCGGCCUUCAAGGGCGUGGAGCACGGCUGCUUGAGGGCGCUGUCGGUCAAGUUCCAGAACACCCACACGGCCCCCGGGGACAUCCUCUUGCAUCGAGGCGACAGCCUUAACCAGAUGUACUUCAUCUCCCGGGGAUCACUGGAGAUUCUCCGGGGCAAUGUUGUCUUGGCAAUACUUGGUAAAAAUGACGUGGUGGGCGAAAACUUUUGUCAGCGGCCUCUGGUAGGGAGGUCAAAGGGCACAGUCAGAGCAUUAACAUACUGUGACCUUUUGACACUGUAUCGGGAGGAUCUGAUGGACGUCAUCAAGAUGUAUCCUGACUUCCGGGAACACUUCGCUGAGAAAGUCGAAGUCACAAUCGACAUGAGAGAUACCGAGCUCGAUAAAAUCGUGCCAGACAUCGCCCCAAAGAUGAACCACUGGCCUUCCACUAAGACCGUCCUCAACCGCCGCUUCUCGGCCGUGGUGGCCGCCGCCCAGGCCGCCCGCAAGAGCAAGGAGCAGCAGCAGCAGAGGUCGGGGCAGGGCGGCGGCGCUGGCGGGGGAGGCAGCGGAGGCCGGGUGGAGCUGACCCCUUGCCCCAGCACGGAGACAGUGGCCUCUAAGGCCGGCUCCGAGGCUAGCUGCCGGGACUCGGCCUUCACCUUCCAGAGCGGGAAGUGGAAAAGGAAGCCCAGCAAAAUCAACACUGUGGUCUCCAUAGAAACCAAAGACGAUGAGGACAAAGAUGAAAGCGACCCCGAGGUUCCCCUUAUGCAACGCAAAUACAGACACUACACUGAGCCCCACCAGCGUGGAAGCAAGACCGCAGAACAAAAACACUCCCUCGUCAGGGACGCUCAUCGGUCUGUGGAAAAGGCGGUGGCGCUGUCCUCGCUCGGUAACCGCGAGGCUCCUGAGGGCGCCGUGACCGCCUCCCUGCCUUCGGUCAGCCCCAGGGCCGGCGCGGCCGACCCGGACAACAAUAACGUCGGCUACUUCGUGGACAACAACGCCAUCCACAGCCGUAUCGACGGCCUGUACACGCAGUUGGGCGCCAUCGAGAGGAAGUUCGACGAGCAGAAGGCGGCCAUCAUCGAGUGUCUUAUCGGGAAGUCCCGGCCCGGGGGCAGGGAGGGACGGCCCGCCGCUUACCUGGGCACCCACCCGGUUGGGAAUACGAGAUCCAUGGAUCGUCGGCCAGACGAUGUGUCAGGGCCUACUCGGGACGCUGCAGGUGGUGAUCCAAAUUCUGGCCCGACCCUGGACAAACAGAAGCAGGAUCCCAGUUACAGCAACCACAGCGACCACCCACUCAUAGAGCUGGGCGUGGCCACCACGCCCGUGGCCAACGCCCUUGGCGGGGCCCCACCCGAGGGAACCGCCCGGACUGCUUCCGAUCGCCCCAAGCCUGUGGUGGUCACCUCCUCUUCCCUACCUCCGCAGCAGGACAGCCGGCCUCCCGAGGCCUCCGAGAAGCUACCUCAGCUGCGAACCAAGAACUUCCGCCAGCGGGGGGCGGGCCCAGGCCGCUCCCGUGGUAACGGCCGGCCCUUCUCUGUGCCAGGCCGUGUGUCCAUGGGCAGCCGCUCCCCUAACGCCCGUGCGCCCUCGCUGACCUUCCCCGUGCUGAAGGGCGAGGAUGAGAGCGGGGAGGUCAUCUGGCUGGAGAGACGGGGCGAAGAGCUCAGCGGGUCUCGAAUCUCCUCGACGUCAUGUUGAUGCUUGGUAGCCCACAUUGCAUAAAGUUUGCUUGUUAAAUGAGGAAAAAAGACACCCGUCAUCUUGCAUGAUGCAUUAUCCUGGAUUUGAAUACAAAACUUUCGCUUUCACAACAAAAUACAAAACUAGCCGACCCAGACUAGCAUAAGUUUUCACUCCACCCUCCCGCUUCGAUCUGCGACAAUGAACCCUGAGCUGGACUUAGAGAGGGCGCAAUUUUCCUAGCAACGGGGGCUCCUUUAAGUAGGAACUGCACUUCGCUGGUUCACAGACGACUAUGAAAUGCACACGUUGCAGGCGCGUCGCUACCGACCGACAUGGCUCUUUCCAACCAAUGAGGGGGUGCUUCUGCCCAAGGGGGAUAGGCUGUCUAUUUGUCAGUGCCAACAUUCAAAAAAUCAUGGUUGCUUAACCCAUCUAGGCAUAUUUAUUUUGAAGUCAAAUAUUUUUGCCUAGACAUUAACCAUGGCUUAAUACGACGGCUUACAACUUUAACGUACUUUACCAUUGAUCAAUAAGUUUCUGACUCUUAAAGCAUAGAACACUGCAAAGAAGCUAAAGGACUUGUGUACAGAUAGUUUUUUUUGGUUUUCGCCAAGUCAUUUGGUCCCUCUUCAAAAUCAAUUUUUUUUUGGAACACAGAUUUACUUUACUUACUUCCUCACAUACAUGUACUUGUUUUCUGAGGGCCAGAAUUUCAAACUAUAUUGAAAGCGUUUGAAGUUUCAAAGACAUACCAAAAACACACUAUGAAAAAGAUUCCAGUAGGUAUUUCCUUGUGAGAAGUGACAAUAAUGCUAUGAUACGACACAGCUAUAAUAAAGCGCUUUUUUCGGACGGUACGGGCAAUAAAUGAAUAAUCGUGUUGUGCGGUGAGCACCGUGACUGAGCGUUGCCGGUCGGCGGACCAACUUUAUUCAACUGACUGACAAGAUCGAACAGAGACGGACGGCUACCCAGGAAAUUAAGAGAUUUGAACAAAACAUCAAACCGACAGACAAGUACGCUAGACUAAAUCGGAGCAGCUGGCUCUGAAAGAAAAAUAGAUAGUGGUCUGCCAUUCUGGAAAAAAAAUGGUAGGAUUCACCAAUGUUAUAAAAAAUGCUUGGAGUUUGGUGACCACUGUUCUGUAAUGAGGAUCCAACUUGGACAAGGGGGACAAAAAUUGGUGUCGUCAUUUUUUUUAGCGUAUGGCAGUCGGACAGCAUGGCCAUAAUUUCAAACAAACUCUUAGUCUCUCCUCAAAAUUUUACCAUGGGUGACAAGGAGAACAAGGAGGCCACGAAUACGUGAGGGAUUACCAGAAUUCAAAUGGAUGUCCAGCUGAGCACGGCCGAUGGAGCACUGCAGCAAUGCUCCCGAGGGCUCUAAGCUCAAUUCCUGUUUCCUUUGAUUCAACUUUUAUUUUUUGAAGUGUCGAGUUUGUUUCAGGCUUUUUCGCUUGUUUGUGUUUGUUUAUGAGGAAAGAGUCUAAAUGUGACAGUUUGACGACACCUACAAUCCCCCUCUUUAUGAUUUCACCGCAAGGUUUCUCUCAGUGGACAAGCACACUUAGAAACUGAGGGCAGAUUUACAAAAUUAUGUAGAUCUCUCAGCCGCUCCGACAGACUCAGACUGCAAGACUAGACAGUGAGUGAGACUCAACAAUAACUGACCGACAAACCCUUAGAAAUAACGCACGGACAUGGACCAGACAAGUGAUAACUCCAGUCAGUGGGAACGGCAUGGAGUACUCUAAGAACAGGUACCCUCCCAAUUCCCGCCAAAUGACCAAAAUGCUACCACACCAUAAUUACAUGGCGUAGUUUACUAAAGCCACUCUAUAUUCGGUGUUUUUUUUUAUAACGAGCUUGUGGGGGAAGUUUCACAAAGCCUGCUCGGGUGGGACUCGGGCCCACGACCCCCUGUUGCUUGUGCAUGUAGGAAUCUUUACCGUCGAGUUUGGCUAGGCCCGCUGGCAGGCUCGCUUCUUUUGCAAGUGACGUGUGUCAGCGAAGGGCAAAAUAAGAUUGGAGUGUCAAUGUCCCAAGUGCGAAUUCCCCUCAACAAAGUUUCUGACAGAGACCGGAAAAAGAGGGGCGCACAUCAGCUCAGAGCAGGCUACCAGUCAAAUUUUUGCUGGUGUCCUGGCUGUAUCUGCUAUUUGGUCCUAUCUGUUGUUAACAUUUCAGGGAUGCUUUGUUGGCCCGACAAGCAGGGGUAGCAAUGAUAUAGGGCGACUCAGAAGCCCCUUUUUGGUUGCUACAUGUGUACUUCGUAAAUUUACGGCCUUUUUCCUUCUUCUUGGGCGCGAGUUGGAUCUUUUAAGUGAACCCAUGACAACAUGACCGACUCGACUGAUGGUGUUUGAAACUUACAUUUUGUAAGCCUACAUGAGACAGACCAAACUAACUUUGGCUAACAUCACAACGGAAUCUAGACAUUUUUGGUACAAACAUUUUCACGCGCGCCAAAGUUUUGUAUGGCAUAAUUGGCCCAAGUUCCAACACAUGCUGUGCCGUGUGUACAAAAAUGUGUAAACCUGUGUCACGUGUUUAUAAAUGCGUGUAUAUAUCUUCUAAGACGGCACAAAAUAUAAACAAGAUGUGACUACUUAUAUAAAUAGGAGAACUUUUUGUAAAUUUGGGCAGCUUUUCUACCUGAUGUGUGAUGUGUGUGCAAAAAAAGUUCUUUUUGUAACGCAGUUAAAGAUAAACAUGUUUCUUUUAAAAAAGACCUGGGCUGACAAAGACCGUGGAACCAGCUGUAAUCGCGUAAUGUUUUCAAGAAGAGGUAAAUGAGAGUGAGUUCGUGUUUUUUACUGCCACAUUUUCAGUGGCUGCGGGUUGGGGAAGUUUUGGAGUGGGACAAGCCGUCUUCCGCAUUUUCAGUCGGCCAAUUUCCCUCUGCUUAUCUGAGAGAGGAUAGCUGACGAUGCUACUUCUACCAAGAAAAUGAAAAACGACCUCCAUGGAGACGCACAGAAAACUAGACUUCAGAAGACAAGUGACAUUGAAUGAUUGAAUAAUAUGGCUGCAUUAUUUUGGCUUCUUUCACAAAUAUUUGAUUCUGUUUCUGUCUUCUUGGCACGCCAGAACUCUCCGUAGAUUAUGUAGGCAAUGUAAACAAACGUUCUAAGCACAGAUACAUUCUGUAACACUCUUUGGAAUGUUCAGGUGUUAAAUAUGGGUUUUUUUGUAUAUAUUCACAAAGAGUCGAUUUAUUUCGUAGGUGUAACAUUGGACAAGCAGGGUUUUCAUUGUGUUUUUUAUCCCGUUUUUCACUGCAAAAGUUGAUUUGCGUGUAGACGUUUUAACACAAGGGAGCGGAAAGUCUCUGAGGGGGUGCUACAUCCAUGCCAUGAGGUUACCAUGCCGGUAGCUUUCCAGAUUUUUCGUCUUUGUUACAUUGUACUGAGGGCCUUUUUGAACUUGAGAGAAUUGCAUGAGUUACUUGUACCCGAACAGAAAGAAACAACACAAUCAGUGUAAAAAGGAGAUGGUCGAACGGUUUUUUUUUUUUUUUUUUGGUCAGCUUGCAUUAAGGAUUCUUUUUUUCUACAACCUUAAGCAGUGAAAUUGUAUGGAGCAACUCCGAGCAGAAAUUGCGCGACCAACAGAUUGUAGUGUGGUUCCCAGAUCUAUAUAUUCCAACUAUUCUGAGAGAUCGUGGAUCUGGUAGCCGCCAUGGUCAGGUGACAAAAACUUGUGGGGGGGUAUCCCGUUUCUCAAAUAUUCCUAACUUGACAAAAGUUUCCGAGUGGUACGUUAUUUCUAAUUCGGUAACGUUCGGAAUAUUUGCAGUGUAUAAACCACCUUUCUUCACGGAUUUCCCGACAUGCCACAUUUUUCUUAAUUUGUUUUUGAAUACUUAGGCCUACUGCCACUUUUUGGUACCUCGUGACAACGGUUCACUUUUAAAAUUAACGGACACGCGCGCUCUGAAUCCAGGACAUUACGUCAUAUCUUUGUUAGUUAAUGGUGGCUAGUGGACCAACAGUUUAUCCCACGUCAGAGGGUAGUGUCGGGUGCGGGAGCCAGACUAAGCAAAUUCAUGAGCGGAGCAAAAAACGGUGAUAGGAACCAGCCACAAAGCAAUACACUACAUACAUUGCAUGACACUGCGGUCGGUAACCUGUUUUCUGCAACAGUUAAAACUGUGCUCAACACCUUUCCGUAGCUAUACACCCUCAACUUCAUGACACUGGGCCUCGCUGUAUAAGGGCAGGUUAAACGCUUUGGCGGAAAUUCUGUCAAAAAACCCACUGGUCUUUCCAUUUUGCCGAGACCUUCUUGCAGCAUUUUCGAUGAUAUUUCUCCCACAAAGACACUCAGGAAUAUGAGCAUGUCGCACUAGAAAAACAGGAGACGAUUCCGGGAUUUUCACAAAAGAAUUGGCACAGCCGGGCCCGCAGAUAAACUCGGAGUUCUUUCAUUCUUAGAGAACAUUACCCUGCCAUUCAGGAUCUAGACGAGACUGUCAAAGGACAACCAAAUGGGUAAUAUCAAAGAUUCUGGUCUUUUCCUAUGCAAAUGUAAUAUGUUACAUGUCUUCCCGAAUGUGCCGUUUUAAGUAAGUGUAAGAACAUAGGCUUGUUUUAUUUUAGCAGGUUGAUGAUAUUAUGAACAAGAGAGCUUUUUAAUGAAACAGUGCAGUGCACUUGUGGACAUUUGCAAUGCUGAAAAAUGUUUCCAGUUUUCUCCAGGGAGCAGCAAUCAAUCAGUAACUAACUGUCUAGGGUGAAAGCUCCAAUUCUGUAGCGCUACACUUGUACUGCGGGGCACAUAAUUAUACGUGCUCAUGCAUUCCUGGGCAUCUCAGCAUGAUUUUAUUUUUUAGUCCUGUCGUUAUUUUGAACAAAUUGUGCCCUGAGUUCGGCAUGUCCUAUGCCAGGCUGAGUGCUGAAUGUGCUUUUUUUUCCGUGACAUGAACAGUUCUACGAGCAAACAUUUUUUUAUAAGCAGCGCCAGGAAGACACUUCAGGCCGGGAUGAAACAAUGUCGAUGGACCACAUCGUCUGAAGACGGUGGCUGUUGUGAGCACGCUGGUGGAAUAAGUUCCAAUAAAAAUCUCAGUACGGGAGGGAGCCGCAUUUUGGCAGCCCCCUGCAUUUCAUAAAUUGCUGUAAAUUAUUACAUUGUAAUGAGGUUGGUAUGAGCACAUAAUUAUGACUACGGCCUUGGUUUGUUUUUAAGAGGUCGCCUAUUUGAAGUGGGAAACGUUUGCUGUUAGACAAAAAUAAAGAACUAAAACGA